GUGAAGUAAAUAUGAAUGGGCGGUUCAAGUUUUUUCGGAUGUUUAUAUUUAGCAUACGACGAUACGUAACACACUGUGAAUGUAAAUAACAGCGAGGCAUGCACAUGUUCGCUCGAUAAGUCCCAAUACAUGUUCUGUAUGUAUAAGAAAUAAUUUAAAGUGAGGCUUGAAAAUCAAUUGCAAAUGCCUGUGAUAAAGUGGAUUUAAAAAAAUGCAAACAUUAGAUUAAAAAUAUGAAAUGGUUAUGCAUGGCUGGAUAUAUUCGUUGACUUGGUAAUAACAUCGCCGGCUCUCGAUACUGCACUGUAAGACGGUGUGCUGAAUGUUGUGUUAUAAUGUCAUUCCCGAGACUUCCUCGAACAUGUCAGUUCAUACAUGUCAGUAAAUUUAGACAUGACUGGAACUUGUUGAUAUUGUAAUUUGAAUGUGUAUGUGAAGUAUGGGGAAUUUAGUUUGUGAAGCCUUGACAAUAUGAACACACAGUACGGCACUACAGAAUGCAGUCUGGCGGACUUACCCCCUGUCAUCGUGAUCAACCCCGGGAAACAAAGGAGCAAUGGCGUCACAGAAUCCAACGAAUUGCUGUCUCAAGGCCAUACAGAGCACAUAAUGAUUAAGGAAUUUGAUCGUGUGGACUCGGAGGAUGAUAUUUUGGGCGAAUACCGAGAAGAAUGUAAAGUCGGAUCCGGAUGUUUACGGAAAAGAACUGGACUAGAGAAAUGUUUCGGUGGAUUCAUAAUGGUUCUCCUUAUUGUAACUCUUGCCUUAAUCAUUGCAUUAGCACAACGAAAAAGUGGAACAGAGUCGAGGGAUGUUUGUGAAACCAAAGAAUGUAUUCUGGCAGCCAGUUCUGUUUUGAAGUCUAUGGACCAAUCUGUGAAUCCAUGUAUUGACUUCUACAAAUACGCCUGUGGAGGAUGGGAUCGCGACACGCCCAUCCCGCCCGGAUAUUCCAUGUGGGACCGAAUACAGGAAUUAUCAUACACCAACUUGCAUCAUCUCAAAGACAUUUUAGAAAAAGCCAGCGGAUUAGUGACUUCUGAUUCUGGGAAGAAAACCAAACAGUUUUACCAGAGCUGUAUGUCAGAGAGUCGACAAAGAAGGGAUCAGACACUAGCGAACUUCACAGAUCUCAUCAAAUAUGUCUCCUCGGAAAACUUUAAUUUUGCCGUGAUGCUGGAGAAAGUCCAUUUGCUGGACGCGUGGCCACUUUUCACCGUCUCUGUCGGUCCCAAUGAAGUAUCCCCAGAGGACGGCUUUAAUGUUGUCAGGAUAGACUAUGGCUAUUCCCAAUAUCCAUAUCAAAGCUUUCCGAAACCGUCCGAACCUUCCGUCACAGUAGAUACUGUGCCUAACAACGAAACCACCAUCCCUCCUCCAGCGGCCAGUCGUCAACAAACAGGCUCUCCUACUUACCUAAGCUGGGAUAUCAAUGAGAUAGUGAAAAAAUUCUUCACAGGAACAAAGCAAAUUUUAAGGACCGUCUUCAAUAAAACAGAACAAGAAUCAGAAUCACUGUCUCACAGUCUUCUUGAACUGGAGAAAAAGAUUGGAUGGACACGUGACAGUGAACAGCACAUCCACAACCGAUCAGCGGUAUACACCUUCCUAAAGAUCAAAGACUUGCAGCGCAAAUGCCCCAUGCUGACUUGGGACAUGUAUUUGUUAAGAAUUCUCUCCAAAUCCAAUGUGUCUAUCAAUGAUGAUACGAAAAUAGUGGUGCUACAUGAGGCAGGGCUGAGUAAGCUGUGUGCCAUUAUUGACUCCUAUAAAACAGACAAACCCAGUGUCUUAAAGUAUUAUCUACUGAUGCAUCUUGUGAAGUCGUUCGUGCCCUAUUUUGACGUUACCACAUUCGAUGACGAGGAUGCUGAUAUAGAAGAAGAGGUUGAAAAUGAAGGAGAGCAUUGGAGGAGAUGUGCCUUCUACACAAAUAGAGCCUUUGGUUUCGUAACUGGAGCUAUGUAUGUUAAUGAAACUGAGAAAGGAAUAUCUGUCCUAAAGAUUCAAAAUCUUGUAAAAGAUAUAAAAUUGGCAUUUAAGGAUUAUCUGCUUAACAAAAUAUGGAUGGAUGCUAGUACACGAAGUCAUGCAGAGGAAAAGUUAUCCGAUAUGUUAGAGAAGAUCAGUUAUCCCAAUGAAAUACUGAAAUCUCACUUUUUAGAUCAAUACUACAAAGAGUUCGAAGUUAGUGAUGAUUGGUUCAGUAAUAUAAAAAGCAUGAAGACCUUCCGAGUGACAAAGACUGUGGAGAUGUUUAAUAAAGCUGUGGACAGGCAGAGUUGGAUACAACCUCCUGUAACAGUGGAAGCUGACUACUCACCAGAAAGGAACGACAUCAUGUUCCCUAUCGCGAUGUUCCACCUCCCUUUCUAUUCUCCCAAUGGACCCCAAGCUCUUAAUUUUGGAGCGAUGGGUGCAGUCAUAGGACAUGAAAUCACACAUGCCUUUGAUAUCACGGGACGUCAGUACGACAGUAAAGGGAAGUUGAAGGAAUGGUGGGAGCCAUUCACCGCCUCCCAGUUUGAGCAGACGACCCAGUGCAUGAAGGACCAGUAUGACGGCUUCACCUUGGGUGAACUCCAGAUAAAUGGCGAGAAGACACUAGACGAAAACAUAGCUGAUAAUGGCGGACUACGGGCAGCGUAUAUUGCUUAUAACAUUUGGGAACAUGAAAACGGAAAUAGCCCGCCCCUACCAGGUGUAAAUCUCACGGAUAAACAGCUGUUUUACGUUAGUUAUGCUCAGAUGUUCUGUACCAAGUGGAAAUUUUCGGGCUUAAGGAACUAUUUAUUAAGAGAUAAUCAUUCACCUGGGCCAUUACGAGUGAAGGGAAGUCUGCAGAAUUCCAACACUUUUGGGAAAGUUUUCAACUGUCCUUUUAUUUCGGAAUACAGUCCGAAUAUCAAGUGCGAGGUGUGGUGAUGCAGUGGGUUUAUUGACAGAUGACUGUGUCAAAGAUGAAUGUGUGUCACAAGAAAAAAGGAUGGAUGGGCUUGGUUCUGUUUCCUGUUUAUCAAUAUAGAAGAAAAUUAAAUUUGAAUAGAGAGUUGCAUUGGCACUGAAAUUACAUCACUGUCAUAUGACAUUUAAUGGUAUUUAUUAUUCAGUACAUCACAUGCAUGUAUUUAUUAAUCCAAAAAUAUACAAAUAAUCCUAAUAGCAGUUAUGAGAUAAUUUAGUAUCCUAUCGGAAAUAUUUGAAGACUUCCGGUUUCUUUUCUCCAUAUGUGUUGCCUUAGGAGUAACUUCCAGCCACGCCUACUGUAGGCUAGACAGUGGUAAAACUAACAUUACAAACAUAAAUCAAAAGCAUUUCAUGGAGGUAGAUGCAUGUUGCUUUGUACUUGUCAUUCUCUUUUUCUCGCCAGUUUUGUCGCAGCCAUAGCUUACAGUAUUUUCAAACAAUACUAGUAUUUAAAUGUAUAUUAUGGAUUUAUUGUUUAACAGUAAUUCAUUGAUGUUGCCGCUCAAGUUGACAUUACUGUUAUCAUGACGUCACAAAGUGACCUGAGUAGUGCGUUUAUAGUAAGGUAUCGUAGAUUUUUUACUAUCAUCGUUGCCAUUUGUUGCCGUUUGUCAGGGCCGUUUAUGUAUAUAUAAAGCAUUCCAUUAGUAGCUUGAUUGGUCUUUCCUUGAAUGUGUAUUUUUGUCUCAUUUUUCAAAUGCACUCUGUUUAUGUGAUAAAUAUCGUUUAAAUGUUUUAGACGUAUAAGAGCUUGUUGGUUCUAGAUUUUACGCCUAUUUUUAUACACUUAUCUAUAGAAUAUACAAGAUUUUAACAUUUCCUGUUUGUUGUUUUAAGUUGAAAUAAUUGACAAAUGCUUCCUAUGCAAUAGACGUUUGGGAAAUAAAUACUUGAAAAUCAAA